AUGCUUUCUGGCGGCCCCUUUGCCAUCAAACGUUUGAGCUUCACCGCGAUCCGUUGCAGGCUACAGGCUUUUGCCUCUGAGACUGCUGCACCACAGCAGGUUAACACACACUACCGGCGGCAGCGAGCCCGGCAGCAUGACCGGUCGUACAAAUCGGCAUGCCCCUUCACUGUGCAUCGUACUGCCUCGGAUAAUCUGCCGGUCUAUGUCAUUAAGCGCAAGAAUCGACCCUGGGCGCUGCUUUCAGAGAUGUUCCACCAGUUUUACUGCCAUCCCAUUUGCCCCCAUUUGUAUGCCUUUCUAGAUGUCUUAACAAAAGGAAACGAAGACGUCACAGUGAUCAAAAAGAUCCGUGGAGAUCCAGAAGCUUUCCGGAAGGAGAUCGAGUUCUUGUGUCAGACGCGUGCCAGCUACGGAAAGAGCGGCUUCCUGCAGAUCGAGGUGGGGUGGCUGAGUUCACAGCUGGAGAAGCUCACCAAUCAAGAGGCUUUGGGCCCAGCAUGGCUGGCGGAAUUUCACCAAUGGCACAAGGAGCAGCUAGCAGUGCUUCAAGAAGCCUUGGAAGGGGGCAGGGUGACUGCAAUCCCUUCUGAUGUCAAGGAAGGACUGGACUUUUACAUCUCCCAGUUUGAGGACGGACAGUCCGUCUCGGAGGAGGAAUUUUACAUCGACAAGGAGCUCUACUCACAGCUCCUGGCACCCCCCGAAGCCGCUCCCGAGCCGGCCCCGUACGAACGGCGCGUGGCAACUGAGGAGGAGUUACAGGUGGUGCAACAGUUGAAAGAUUGGAAAGAUGCGACGCCACAAGGUUUGCUGAAGGUGAAGAAGAUCAUGGAGGCAAACGAUGGCUCGGCAGAAGUUCAGGAGAGCGGCUUGACGCGCCUUGGCGGUCUGCUAGCGGACAGCAAGGGCAGCGGCAGCGCCGUGCCUGCAGGCUGCGGCUUGACGCCGGCGGCGCUGUGUCCGGUGGUGAUGGAGGUCAUGUCUCGCUUCCCGCGUGACGCCAAAGUGCAGCGGGUGGCCUGCAGCGUCCUGCGAGGCAUCGUGGUCACCGAUGGCGGCUGCACCGUGGUGGCGGAUGUCGGUGGUGCCGCGCGCGCCGUUGAGGCGAUGAAAGCACACCUGGUGGACGUGGAGGUUUGCAGGAUGGGCGCGGCCGUGCUGUACGCAAUGGUGCAAAAGACGGACCCGGCCUCGCCUGAGCGGCUACUGAUGCGCACCACCAAAGCCCAUCAGGUGUUGGCUGAGGUGCUGCAGUACCAUCCCACGGAUCAAAAACUGGACCGUGCCUGCAGGGAGCAUGUAAAGGUUGACAGCUGGGGAUCCCCCGCGAGGAGAGCCACAGCAGACGCCACAUGCAGCGCGCAGUUCUUGCAGGUGCAAGCCCAAGCACGAAGCCCAACGAGUCAUCCCUGGCCUCACUUCAGGGGCCCACAGGGACAGAGGUCCGGCGCGACUCCGGAAAAGUGGACGAACCACACCUUGAAGUGGUCCUAUCACAACCCCAAGGGUCAGUACCACAACCUGCAUGCAGGCGGUCCUGUCAUCGAUCAAGAUGAGAACCUCUACCAGAUGACCUCCAAAGGCCUUUUCGCUUUAAACUCUUCAGGUCACGUGCUGUGGCACUAUGAAACGCCUGGAAGGUCCAACAAUGAGGUGACCCUGGCAGGAGACUAUCUCCUGGGUUCCAGCAAGGCAGGCAACGCCUUUGCAGUGCAUCGCCGUACAGGUAAGGAAGUUUGGGUCACAAAUUUGGCCCCAGACGCUGGUGGAGAUUGUGGGUACCCAGCAGCUUCUGAAGGGGUUUUUGUCGUCGGAGCAGUGUCUGGCCGUCAUCCCCCUAUGCCUGGAGGCAAUGAGCGAGUCUUUGGCUUAGACGUGAAGAAGGGCACAAAACUUUGGGAGUACAAAACUGAUGUCCCCGUGUGGAACCUCACUCCGCUCUUCCCUGGUGAUGGGAGCACUGUACUUAUGGACUUCGCAGGCGGCCUCUACAAACUCAACCUGACCACAGGUGCUGAGUUGUGGAAGACGCUGCCAGGGUGUUGUCGGUCGUCCUUCAGCGAUGGGGGCGCUGGCUUAGGGCCCAAGAACCAUCUGGUUUACACUUGCAGCAAUUUUGGGCAGAAUUUCGGCAUGGAAGGAACCACUGGCAUCGUUCGCGCCUUUUUCUUGUCGAAUGGGACGGAAAAGUGGUACAAGAUGACCACUAUGCCUUGCAAUACAUAUCCAUCAGUGGGUCACAUCGCAAACGUGGAUCCAUUGGCGGUGGUGGUGGCACCGGGGUCCUUCAUGACAGGGGAGAACCGCCAUGGAGAGGUCUUAGCCUUGGACGCUCACACAGGAGACCAGUUGUGGCGCCACUUGGUGAAACCCUACAGCGGUUUGCUGGGCAUGGCCGCUGGGGACGCUGAAGGCACGGCCGUGCGCUUGAAGGAGCACAUCUCGCCGCAGUGCGUGCCCGCACACUGGAGUGCCCCCAUGAUUGAUGGCAACGGCAUGGUCAUUGUGGGCCGAUCUGAUGGUAGCAUGUACAAGGUCUAUGGUCCUGAGAGUGGCUUCAAAGGUGCCCGAUCCAAGAACGUCACGGUGGACUCGGGCACCGUGGCGGAAGAGAUCCAUUUGGGCUCCGCCUUCCUCCACGGGGCCCUGGCCGCGGCACCUGGGAUCUUCGCCAUCUCCUCCUGUGAUACUCGGUGGAGUUUGGCGAAAAGGAGAUUCGGGAACCCCUCUUCCCAUGAAUAUGUUACAUAA